UGUGGAUGAGGUGUCUCUGCCAGCACUCUCUGACUGUCUGUAUGGAUAACCGUGUGUGUCACAGUGUAGCGCUGUGUGUGCAAAUCGGGCCUGUAUUUGUGAGUCAUGCCUUGUUGAAUCAUGCCUCAGACUCAGCAAUCUUCACUCAGACUUAUUGACACCGCCUUAUUGACACUGCAAAUCCAAGCAAACUCCACGGAAAAAGUACACACACUCCGUUCUCUGCUGGAAGCCACGUAGACAACCCUAUGGCGUGGCAGCUUGGAGCGCUCGGCCCUUCAGGUCUCCCCUCUGUGUCCUCAUUGACAGAGCAUUCCAGAGGAGCCAGCGAGUCAACCUCAUAGAUGAAACGUAGCCGUCUCAUCAUCUUAACUCGUCUGCCCCGCGGUAGCCCUUCAAGCGAUAGAAUGAUUUGAAGUCGUCGCCUUUUCGCUUCCUCCCGAUGGCCUCCACAAGGUAGUCCAUAAGGGCCUGCGGCUCGAUGGCCAGCCAAAACAUCCGCUCUGGUUUGAAGUAGAGUCUCUUCUCCGUGUCAUGACUGCCAUCCGCCCACUCUGGGUCGAAGAAGGCAAUGUUGACGACAAGCAAUGACGCCCCAUCCGUGAUAAAGCCGUGCGUCAUCCCGUCACCCAACAGCCUCUUCAGAAGCGCCUCCUCCUGCCGCCAGCCAUUCAGGGGGCCGGGAGUUGUGAUGACAAAGAGGAGCCUCUCGUCUUCGCACUCCAAUAUGGUGUAAUGGACUUCAGAUACUUGAGAGCGGUCAUCUUCGUCAUUCAUGUUGUAUGCAUCAAUGACCUUCCUGAUGAGAAGGCCGGUCUUGCGAAGCUGGUCCAGUAAGGGACAAACGAGGUUGUGAAACAGGUUGGCCGCAAGCGACCGAAUGGUACCGCACGGAAGAGAUCUGCUGUGCUGGAACUCGUCUCUGAUCAGGCCAAGGGUUUCAUCGUCGGGUACCACUCGAGGGAGGUCGCUUUGAUGGCUCUCAGCUGAAGAGGAGUGUACAGUCUGCAU